CCCAACAUUUUAUUGAAGUAGGUAAAAAUCAUGGAACUUUUGAAACUCGCAGUCCCCAUAACACACCUACAUAUAUUAAAUACUAAAACAAGUGUGCAUAAUUUAAGGCGAAAUUUUAAUCAGUAGCCUAUACAAAAUAUAGGCAUUAAAAUCAUACAAGCAGAUAAAAUUGCACAGCGAAUUUACAACUAACAAAACGUUGUGAAAAAUAUAAGAAUAACCAUUUCAGGAAAUUGACAUCCGUUAGAUUAGAAAUGUGUACUUCCCUCAUGAUUUCAACAAGUAAGAACUACCAAAUAUUUUCAGUUUAAAUCCAGAGCCUUCCUGCGUAGAUAUAUGUAUGUACCUAGUUCAGUUUAGAAUUGUUAUUCGUUGUGAAUUUUUGAGCAGCGGCAGCGCUUCCUUCUAUGAAAAUGAAGUCAUUCUGUUUAUUACUAUUAACCUUAUUCAUAAGCAUCCACCACAUUAGAGGAGAUGGCAGCCGAAUACCCCUAUCCAUAUACGAGAACGAAAACGAAGACGAUGACAACUCCGUAGAGUUUUUUGGAACUAUUUCAAUCGGAACACCGCCACAGAAAGUGAACGUAUCAUUCGAAAUAUCAUAUUAUUAUGGCGCCACGCAUGUGCUGUCAAAUUAUUGCAACACUUCACUGUGUCGUGCCCAAAGACCCAGUGCUUAUAACCACAAAAGCUCGAAAACUUCUCGAUAUGAAAAUGACUUUGAUAGAAAAUUUUUGGAACAGCCCUCUGGUGUUUUUGUGACUGAUAAUAUUACAAUAGGUAAUAUCCAGUUACAAAACGAAUCAUUUUUGGUAGCGACACAUUCAUUAUAUAACAAUUUCUUUUACCAUGGUAGACCAUUCGAUGGUAGAGUGGGAUUAAAUAAUAAUACAUUCGGAUUAGAAAACCAUUACAUAGAACACUGCAAAAACCUUGGACUGAAGAAGAAAUUUUCAUUAUACACCAAUUAUCCUUGGAACAAUGAUACCUCUGAAUUGAUGUUAUGCGGGGAAGACAACACAAAGUUUCGGGGUAACUUGCAAUAUGUUACUCUAAUAUUUGGUGUAAUAACUAUACCAUGGCACGUUGCAAUCCAAAGUGUUUCGUUGCAUCAAAAAGAUAAAAGUUUUCCAAUAGUGGAAUUUCUAGGCAGAUAUUUCACACUCGAUCCUAGCUUGCCAUACAUUCAAGGGCCAGAACAAGACAUUGAGAAAAUCUAUAAAGCGUUAAAGGCCACAGCAUCAGAAAAUAAGAAAUUGAAGCAGGUCGACUGCAAAACCAUUCAUUCAUUACCGAAUAUCACUUUUGGAACUGCCGACAACAAUUUCAUUCUUACUGGAAAUGAUUAUAUCAGACAGUUGACGGAAAAUGAUCAACGGAUCUGCAUAGUUCGGUUGAUACCACAUCGGGACAUCUCAAAUUCACUCUGGACCAUAGGAAACGUUUUCAAUAGGAAGUUUUACACUGUAUUCGAUGUGGAGAUGAAGAGAAUUGGAUUCGCCGAAAGCAUUCAUGACGGGACUGCUUAGAUAAUCUUCCUUUUUUAAUGGGAAGAUGAAGUAAAGUUUCAAGUAUACUUGCAUAUUAUGUACUUAAUUAUUUUUCUACAUCAAGAUUAGAUUAACAAUAAUGAAAUGAAAAUAUUAUAUGAUUCAUUUUUGGUAUUGUUA